AUGAAAUGCAAUUCGAAACGGAUGUAAAUACUCCUUUCAAAUUUUAAAGAUCAAUCCAUUGAGGAAUUCUAGAUAUCUAAAUACUUAUCAUUUUACAUAAAGUUUCCUUUGAUUUAUUGUACAAAUAUAUAAUUGAAUGUAGAACUGUUAAAUAAUAUAACUUAAAGGUUUUAAUUCGGACUUGGUGGUAAUUAGGAUGGAUGUUUUUAAAAUUAAAUGGGUUAUUCAAAUUAGUAAAGAAAUUUAGUGAAAUAGUGUGUAAAUUUUUGCAAUAUGAUGCGUGUUCAUACUUACUUUGAAAAAGUAGUGUGAUUGAUAUAAAGAAAGAGAAAUAGAUUAAUAUUCAUUGAGUCUAUAGUUUUAGUUAGAGUUGAUACAAUAGAAUUAAAUCUAUAAGGUGUAAACUUCUCAAAAAUAUAAUUAUAUUUUCUAAAUGAAUGAAAAGAAUGAG